GUUUAUUGAUUUGACGUUUCAGCUGUAUUGGUAGAUAUAUGCUAUGCAUAUGUUGCUUUGCUUACUUCGCCUGUGUAAUGUUUAUUAUGUCCAACUAAAUAUCAUAUAUAUAUAUAUAUAUAUAAUAAUAAUAAUAUUAUUAAAAGGUUGAAACAGAAACAUUUCACUAUUUCAAAACCCGGGUACAGAAGUAAUCUUUAAGAAUGGAGGGUACAAUCCGAUGCUCUGCCAACUAUGUUCCUCUGACUCCAAUAAGCUUCCUGGAGCGCUCAGCUAUCGUUUACAGAGACAGACUCUCUGUUGUCUAUAAAGAUGUUAAGUACACAUGGAAAGAGACUCAUCAAAGGUGUAUCAAGCUCGCUUCUUCACUUGCUGAAUUGGGAAUCAAUCAUGGAGAUGUUAUUGCUGUAUUGGCCCCAAACAUUCCGGCAAUGUAUGAGCUACAUUUUGGUGUUCCAAUGGCUGGAGCUGUUCUCUGUACGCUCAAUAUACGUCAUGAUUCAGCUAUGGUGGCAGUGUUACUGAAGCAUUCAGAAGCCAAAAUACUUAUUGUAGAUUAUCAGUUACUGGAUAUUGCUCGAGGAGCAGUUGAAAUUCUAGCAAAGACUACAACCAAGCUGCCCCUCCUUGUCAUAAUCCCAGAGUGGGGCACAGUUAGGAAACCCUUUCACACUCAUCAAAACUUGGAAUAUGAGAGUCUUUUGGAAAAGGGAAAACUGGAUUUCAAAGUUAGACGACCAAAAGAUGAAUGGGAUCCUAUUUCCCUGAACUACACUUCUGGCACCACUUCAAGCCCAAAAGGUGUCAUUUAUAGCCAUAGAGGAGCAUAUCUCAAUUCUCUGGCUGCGGCUCUACUCAAUGAGAUGAACUCGAUGCCUACAUAUCUUUGGUGUGUGCCAAUGUUUCAUUGCAAUGGGUGGUGCCUCACAUGGGCUGUGGCUGCUCAGGGCGGAACAAAUGUCUGCCUAAGGAGUGUCACUGCAAAGGGAGUAUUUGAUAGUGUUGCCCGGUACAAGGUAACCCACUUAGGUGGUGCUCCCACAGUUCUUAACAUGAUAGUCAAUGCACCAGCUAGUGAAAGAAGGCCUCUCCCUGGGAAGGUAGUAGUGAUGACAGGUGGUGCCCCUCCUCCUCCGCAAAUACUAUUCAGUAUGGAAGAGCUUGGUUUUGUGGUGAAACAUGCAUAUGGUUUGACAGAAACCUACGGUCCUGCAACAGUUUGUACCUGGAAACCUGAAUGGGAUUCGUUGCCUCAGGGUGCACAGGCCAGGAUUAUGGCUCGUCAAGGGUUGCAUCAUCUUGGAAUGGAAGAAGUGGAUAUCAAAGAUCCUGUAACCAUGAAGAGUGUGCCACCAGAUGCUAAAACAAUGGGUGAAGUCAUGUUUAGAGGCAACACUGUGAUGAAUGGUUAUUUGAAAAAUUCCGAAGCAACAAAGGAUGCUUUCAAAGGUGGAUGGUAUCGAAGUGGGGACUUGGGGGUGAAACAUCCUGAUGGUUAUAUCGAAUUAAAAGACAGAUCAAAAGACAUUAUUAUUUCCGGGGGAGAAAAUAUAAGCACAAUCGAGGUGGAAUCUGUGCUUUUCAGUCAUCCAUUGGUGCUUGAAGCAGCUGUGGUAGGACGGCCAGAUGACCACUGGGGGGAGACGCCUUGCGCUUUUGUGAAGUUAAAGGAUGGCUGUCAUGCUAGCUCUGAGGAACUUAUAAAAUAUUGCCGGAAUCGUUUACCUCAUUUUAUGGCUCCUCGCACUGUUGUUUUCCAAGAUCUUCCAAAGACUUCCACUGGAAAAACACAAAAAUUUGUUCUGAGGGAGAAGGCCAAGGCCAUGGGGAGCAUAUCAAAACAGAGAAGCAGCAAUCUGUAAUUCAACUUUGAUAGUGUUGUGUAUAAAAUAAUUGCAUGGCUAGGCGAAGCUAUGAACGGUAUCAUCGUGCUGUGAAUAAACAUUGUCUAUUAUCAUCU